AUGAAAAGUUUAACACAAAAACCAAAUAUAUCCAUCCUUAACAUGUUUACAAACAUCAAAGAUCAAUUUGCAAUUAACACGUAUCGUGUUGACAUAUCAACCUCCUGUUUACAAGAACCAUGGGAAUUUCUACUUUGUCAUUUAUUGGUUGCCCUAAGUCUUGCACUAUUAGUCUAUGUUGCUUAUCAGCCAUACGUCGCGG